UCUGAUCUGGUCUGAUGUGGUCUGACGUGGUCUGACGUGGUCCCGCUCCUCUGCUCUGUCCUCCAGCAGCAGUAUGACGAUGGCGGAGGCGGCGGUUCCAGAUCUGUUCUCGGAGCAGGAGUUGACCUGCUCCAUCUGUCUGGACCUGUUCAGUGAACCGGUCUCGACUCCCUGUGGACACAACUUCUGCCAGGCGUGUAUUGGAGGUUACUGGGCGUCCAGUCCGGUCUGUACCUGUCCUCUGUGUAAGCGUCAGUUUGAUGAACGUCCUCAGCUCAGCGUCAACAAAGUCUUCGCUCUCAUCGCAGACAAAUACAAACUGGCUCGUUAUGGAGCCGCAGGGUUACCGAUGCCAGCGACGCUGGGCGCCAUGACGACCAUCACAAACACCGACAGCACCAAUCCGUUUGUGACGGCGGCGGCAUCAGGUGAAGAGGUGGUGUGGUGUGACGUCUGUUCAGGUGUGAAACAGCCUGCUGUCAGCUCCUGUCUCACCUGCACAGCCUCAUACUGCACUGAGCAUGUGCAGCCACACCAGACCACGCCCUUCUACUCCAAACACCCACUGAUGGACCCCCAGGAGGCCCUCAGGGGCCGCACCUGCUCCAUACACCGCCGUCUGCUGGAGGUGUACUGUCGGACAUGUCAGUGUUGUAUCUGUGCCAUUUGUGUCCUGGAGGAACAUCGAACACAUAAAACUGUCUCUGUCCAGACAGAGAGAGUCAGCAAACAGAAACAGGUAGCGAGGACGGAGCAGGAGAUCCUGAACCGGAUCAGAGAGAAAGAGAGUCAUGUGACCGAGCUGAAGAGGAAACUGGAGGGAGUCAAGAACUACGCAGACAGAGAGCGAGGUGAGGUUGAACACCUGCUGGACGAGGUGUCCAGUUCCCUGGACCGGAUCCGGACUGAGGUGGUGGGCAGGAUCCAGAACCAGCUGGAUGCCGUGAUGUCAAAGGGGGAGGGGCUGGUGAGCCGUUUAGAGGCGGAGCUGAGCGAGCUGACAGACAGGCGGGCCAUGCUGGAGGUCCAGGCCAUCAGUCAGGAUCACAUCGACUUCCUGCAGAGUUUCGAGGAGGUCGCAGCUCCUCUGGCUGAAGACCAGCUGAACGAGGUGGACGAGGACUCCGAGUUAUCCCUCCACUUCCAGCUGGGGGAGGUGAAGAGCUCUCUGGCCGAGGUGAAGGACAAGAUGGACGACAUCAGAAUGGGGGAGGGUCGGUCCAGAGGAUCCAGAGGCUCCUUUUCCUCCGGGGACCUGAUGGCGGCUGAGAGCAUGAUCAGUCUGAGAGGAAGCAGCGCCAACCUGAGGAAGAGUCACUGGUCUCUGAGAGAUCUGAAGAAGAUCAAACCAGUCUCAGGACAUAAAAAAGCUCGAGUCUACAUGGAGGACGUGACGUUGAACCCGGUGACAGCGUAUCCCUUCCUCAUCCUGUCGGAGGACAGGAAGCAGGUGAAGAGAGGAGAGAAGCUGCAGUUCUACAGAAACAGUUCACACAGGUUCGACGUCUGGUCCUGUGUCAGCGCUAAAGAGGGAUUCAGCUCCGGACGCCAUUACUGGGAGGUGUGUGUUGGUGAGAGUAAGGACUGGAAAGUGGGCGUGGUCAGUGAGUCGGCUCAGAGGAAAGGUCUGUUCGAUAUGAGUCCAGCUAACGGAUACUACGUCCUCUGGUGGAGCGGCAGCCAGCUGAGGGCGCUCACUGCCCCACCCCUCACCAAGGUGAAGUGUCCUCAGAAGCUGCGUCAGGUGGGCGUCUUCCUGGACGUGGACGAGGGUCAGGUGUCCUUCUAUAACGUGAAGUCGGGCUCAGAGAUCUACGGCUUCACCGGAUCCGAGUUCACUGAGAGGAUGUUUCCUCUGCUGGGAACCGGAGACAAAGAUGUCCCCCUGGUCCUCAUGACCACCCAGCACCACCCGGCCUGAGGGACCAGAGACCAGAGACCAGACAAGAGCAUCACACCUGAGAGAGGAAGAUUGGAUGAGCAAGAAAUAAUUGAUGAGGGAGAGAGACA